CACGCAAGGACAAUGAAGUCAAGCCGAGCAGCGAUUCGUCUCCAGCCAGUUUGGAUGAGUGAGAGUUGCGAAACGGAUGACUCGGUGCACACCAUUGUUAUAUCACCGCAGGGCGAUCAUCUCUGCGCUUUUUUCUGGUGACCAGUUGUCGCUUUCAUGCGUUCAAUAGCGAAGUUCCUGCUAUCAAGACUCACUGCUGCGUCUGUUGGGUUUCCCCCUAAACAACAAGGACUUAAUGUGAUUUUGUAUGAGUUGCUUAUACAAUGUCUGAAGUCAUUAUCGGACGAAAAAAGAAAAAGUGUGAGAAUUGCACUGAACAGUGCAACAAGAAGCAGAGUGAUGAAGGGAUAAACUCACUGCAAGAGAAAGGUGUUGUCAGUGGAGAGGUAAGAGACUCUACCUCAGUUCAGCAGGUGUUGCUGAGCACGUGUCUGUCCUGUGAAGGCUGCAUAUCGGAGGACGAAAUCCAGAAAAUCUCUCAACAGAAUCUAGAUGAAAUCAACCAUGUGCUUGCCCUUAAUAAGAAGUGUGACACUUCAAAGCACAAAGUUCUGGUGGUGUCCGUGUGUCCCCAGUCUCUGCCCUUUUUUGCCGUUAAAUUUCAGCUGGAUGUUUCUGCGGCUUCACAGAAACUAUGUGGCUUCCUGAAGAGUGUGGGGGUUCAUUAUGUCUUUGAUACUACGAUAGCUGCUAGUUUUAGUAUUUUGGAAAGCCAGAAAGAAUUCAUUCAGCGUUACCGUCGUAAACAUCAUGAUGCCAACGCCAUGCCGAUGUUCACUUCCUCAUGUCCAGGAUGGAUCCGCUAUGCAGAGCGUGUUCUUGGCAGCUUGGUCACGCCACACAUCUGCACAGCCAGGUCACCUCAACAGAUCAUGGGCUCCUUGGUCAAAGAAUUUUUUGCAAAACAACAGAAGCUGACCCCGGAUCAGGUUUUCCAUGUGAUGUUGGCUCCCUGCUUUGAUAAGAAGCUGGAAGCUGUGAGAGAGGAAUUCUACAACAGUGUUUUAGAGACCAGAGAUGUAGACUGUGUACUUACAUCAGGAGAGAUUCUCCACUUGAUGGAACAAAGCAAAGUUACCGCAGAGGAAGUGGACUCUGCUCCUUUGGAUCACAUAUUUGGUGAGAGCAGUGACUCAGGCAUGAUCAGGCAUAAAGGUCGUGGAUCUGAAGGUUUCCUGGAACACAUUUUCAAACAUGCAGCCAAAGAGCUCUUUGGUCUAGACGUCCAAGAGAUUGUGUACAAGACACUCAGGAAUCGAGACUUCCAGGAGGUGGCGCUAGAGCAUGAUGGAGAGACCCUCCUUCAGUUUGCUGCGGUCUAUGGCUUCCGGAAUAUUCAGACUCUAGUGCACAGAAUGAGGAAAGGCAAAGUGCCCUACCAGCUAGUGGAGGUGCUUUCCUGCCCUGGAGGCUGUUUAAGUGGGCGAGGACAAGCUGAGGGAGAGGGAGGCAGACCUGACCGGGCUCUUGUUCAGCAAAUGGAAGCGUCCUACAGCAGCUUGCCUGUCCAUUUGCCUGAAUCCAACCCAGAGGUCCAGCGCCUCUACCAGGACUGGUUGGAUGGCCAAGAUUCCCCACAUGUUCAGCAAUGUCUCCACACUCAGUACAAGAGCCACACAAAGCCCCCCUCUCACAUACUGAGCCCGGACAUUCAGUGGUGAUUGGUAGGGGCCAUUCUGUUAUUCCCUCAUUUCUGGAGCCAAGUUUGGCAUUAAAAGCAUCAAGUCUAACUUAAAUGGACUGCAAUUUUCUACAGUAAAAGAAAAGUUGAACAAAUUAUCAAACAAGCUUUCUGUUCUAAGCAGUAAAUCAGACUGCUUUAUUUAAUGAUGUGUGAUCAUUCAAGGGAUAGUUCUCCCAAAAAUUUUAAUUGUCAUUAUUUUCACUCACGCUUAUGUUGUUCCAAACCCAUAUGAUUUUUGUCUUCUCAGUCACAAUUCACUUUCAUUGUAUGGAAAAAAUGAUAAGUGUCAUCAUUCUUUAAAAUUUCUCCUUGUGUUCACGGGAAGAAAGUAAGUCAUACUGAUUUCGGGCAUUAUAAGGGUGAGUGAAGAUUUUUGGGUGAACUCUCCCUUUAACUUGUUUCCUGGAGCAUUCUUUCUCACAUUGCACCUAAAUGAUGUCAUAGAUGGUUGAACAACCAAUCAUCAUAAAGUUAAAGUGUGAUUAACACAACUAUAGCAAUAACACAGUUAUUUGUCUUUUACCUGUUAUAUGUCUGAAGCAGUGUUAUGACUAUUAUUGCAAUUUAUCACUUGUACUGAAGGAAUUUGCUCUGUCAUGAAUUUCAUAUCACUAAGAUCCAGCUACAAAAUAAGCAAACAAUACAUACUGUUCCUAUGAAUAGAUUAAAAGAAUACCAACCAUCAAUAAGAGCUUCAUAAUUCUGACUGCAUUGAAAGUGCAUGAACUAAUUUUAACAGACUGGCAGUGUUUUUUGUCAUUUAGCUUUCAUGCAACAAGAAAUAAGAUUAAAAUAAUAAUAACUCAAGUGCUGUUAUCUGAUAUUCGUGUUUGUGGUUGUAUUAUAGUAGCAGUCAAACGUUACACAAAUACAUUCAUCUGAAUUUUGCUGUGACCACAAAAUGUGAAACACAUUCCAUUUUAAAGGGAUAGUUUACCCAAAAAUUAAAACUCUCAUCAUUUACUCACCUUCAUGCCAUCGGAGAUGUGUAUGACUUACUUUCUUAUGCAGAACACAAAGAUUAUUUAGAAGAAUUUCUCCACUGUGCAGGUCCUUAUAAUGCAAGUGAAUGUUGACCAAAAAUGUAAAGAUGCAAGAAGCACAAAGGCAGCAUAGGACUCCCAUGAUUUAAUCCAUGUCUUCUGAAGGAAUCUAAUUGUUUUGAGUGAGAACAAAAUGUACAAUUUUUUCACUGUACAUCUUGCCAUUGCAGUCUCUAGGCACUAUCAUGAUUUCAAGCUCAAUUACACUUCCUAGUGCUUGAUAGCGCUAGUGAGUGUAAUAGAGCUAAAAAUCACGAUCGCCAUGGAGACGGCCGAUGUCAAGAUUUAUAUUGAAAAAAAAAGUUAUAUUUUGGUCUGUUUAGAUUAGAUCACUUCAGAAGACAUGGAUUAAACCACUGUAGUUGUAAGGGUUACUUGUACACUGCCAUUAUGUGCUUUUUGGAGCUUGACAGUUUUGGUCACCAUUCACUUGCAUUAUAUGGACCUACAGAGCAGAGAUAUUCUUCUAAUAAGGUUUGUUUGUGUUCAGCAGAAGAAAGUCAUACACAUCUGGGAUGGCAUGAGUAUGAAUAAAUACUAAAAUAAUUUUUAUUUUAGUAGAACUAUUCCUUUAAGUAGCAAAGGAUGUUAUGCCUACAUGGGUGCAGUUUUGUAAAAGAGCCACUAAAUGGGUAUACAUAAUAAAUCAGUGAAAUCUUCAACUAAAGAAACAGGGAGAUGUGGCAUCAGGGACAUCAGAACACUUAAAAUGCUGUAUGCACCUAAAGUCAUAUCUGUGUUACAAAAGUUGGCUGUUCUGCAACAAGAUGUAUAGAGUCUGUCACAAUACAUUUGUGUUGUAAUAGCACCACUCUUCCGUAUGUGUUGUAGAAACAGCCUACAGCCAUUAUGGGGGAAAAAAAAAAUCAACUUUUGAGUGAUAUUGAUUUUUUUUUCUUGUGAUGUAUUGUUGAUGCUUAAGUAGAUCACUUUUGAUGAAGUAGA